GGCUCGGGUUUUGCCAUUUCCAAUGCUUAAAUAUCAUGAAUCAGGAAAGCAAGCACUGGUCGAGCCUAGUGUAGGCCAAUGGAAUAUGAUUGACAAGGUUUUCAAUCCGAAUCCUCUAGUCCGUACUUGUUCAGCUGACCCAGGGAAGAUCGAGAAAGCCCUGCUCGACAUUCAUCAUGAAUCGGAUGCACAACAUUGUCUUCUUUCUAUCAGAAGUGUGAAGAAAGUCCCCAUACCAUAUAUGUGAAAAGGGGAAUUAAUUGCAUGGUUGCACUGGCCAAUUCUGAGGUUGCCUUAAACAGUCCGUGAGACUGGAAUGGUUGUUUGUA